UCUUUAGCCCUAACGUCUUCAUCCGUUCAUCGAGCACUCUCAGGAUCUGCCGCACGGUGCCUUCUCGCCGCGCCUCCUCCUCUCGGCGUCCCUGUCGUGCCUCGUCCCUUGUAUUCUACUCAUCCCUUGUAUUUCGCCGCGCCUCUGUCCUUCUCUCGCUCGCCACGUCUCGCCUCCGUGCCUCCGUGCCUCCGUGCUUCCAUGCUUCCCUCGCCUCGCCGCACCGUGCCUCCGUCCCUCCCUCACCGCGCUGCCGCUUCAUCUCUCGCGCCUGGUUUCGCUGCCUCGCGCCUACUCCCAUGGCUUCCAUUUCAGACAGAGCCCAGGACUAGGUUGGAUGCAGAGACUUGGGGGUUGGCCUUGGUUAUUGCAUUUCGGCUGCAGUGGCUUGUCCAGAUUGACUUGUUGUUGCAGUUAAAGGGGAUUCUGGAUUCUGAUUUAAUGCCAUUGAAGUUGAGGAAGUGGCAAAACAACGCUAUUAUUGUCUCUGACAGGAAGAUUUGACCAUUCUCUCAAGCCAUCUUCCCUAACUACUCUCCAAGAUUGUGUAUAUGACAUUGAUAUUCAAAACUUCGAUAUGAUCAUAUAUGGUUGCAUAUAUUUACUGAUGAACUGAAAUCAGUUCUCUCAGAAUUUUUUUCGACUCAAAACCAUCCGUUAUCAAUGUUAUUAUUGAUCUCUAUGCUAGUUUAGGGAGUGGGAGGCCUGCAACACAAGAACUGAUUUUCCAAUUUUAAAUUUCAAUAACAUAAAUUAAAUAGCCUUGUGGUUUUUAUUGUGUACCAUGAUAUGAUAAAGACACAAAUUAUAUUCUAUGAAUCCACAGAAACAUAAAAUGUUACAUUAUCAUAAUGAAUACU